AUGAAAAUCUCCAAAGAAACAUGUUACUCUUCUUACACUAAUCUCCUAUGGCCAUGCCAACCUCGUACGGAACAAAACCACAUUGUUUUCUCCUACCGCUUUCGAGUCACCUGCACGGUGAGUCUUCUACUCUUAUUCACCACCGUAUACAUUUUCUGGCCGUCGGAUCCAUACCUCAAGAUCGUACGGUUGAAACUGAAGAAGAUUAAGGUACACCGUGUGCCGCACAUCACCGUAGACAUCUCCAUGCUCCUCACGCUGAGAGUGCAAAACGCUGACGUGUAUUCCAUGGACUUCGGUGCGGUUGACGUGGCCGUGUCUUAUAGAGGGAAGCCACUAGGGCACGUGACGUCGGAGAACGGUCACGUGAGGGCUAUGGGUUCUUCGUUUGUGGAUGCUGACGCGGAGUUUUCCGGUAUCGGUGUGUUGCCGGAGAUAUUGUUGUUGCUGGAGGAUUUGGCUAAGGGUACUGUGCCAUUUGAUACGGUUAGUCAAGUUAGGGGCAAAAUGGGGAUUUUCUUCUUUCACUUUCCCAUUAAGGCUAAAUUAACAUGCGAGGUUUUGGUGAGUAUGAUGAAUCAAACAAUUGUUCGUCAACACUGCACCUAUGAGUGA